GCCACAAACCAAACCGACCGUUCUCCGUCGACGCCGCCGGCCUUUGUCGCUCUCGCGCCUCCGCCUCUCUUCAUCUCUCUCGUGCUUCAGCCCCUCUCACUUUCUCGUCGUCUCUCUUCUCCGUACGCCGCCCGCCUUCUCGCCGCGUCACGCAGCACAUCAGCGCCCGCCUUCCCUCCCCCGCUGGUUCACGGCUUCCUCUCUCCCUUUCUGGCUGUUGCCAUCUUUCUCUUUUCCGCUGGCUCAUGUCAUAGCUGCCACCAAAUCUUCCUUCGUAAGUCGCCCUGUGGCGCGUCCUCGGUCCCUGCCACCGGGUCCCGGCCAUUACUUAUUCCGGCCUUCGACUGUCUUCUAGGAGGAUAGGAAGAGGGAAGAGAAGUUUUGAGGAGGGAUUCGAGGAGGUUCCUACGUUUCCAUAGGAGAGAGACAGAGCGCUAGAGAGAGAGGAGACUUGGUUUAUCACCAAUACUAAGAGGUUUGCUUGAUCCGUAAACCCAAAUACUGAAUUCCUGUAGGACAAAGAUGCUUCUGCUGCUUGUCAAUAGAAGGUUUAGAGAACUGGUGUUAUGUUAUCACAAAAAUUUGGCUUUCUCACACACACAAAAGUCCAACUAUGUGGAUGUGAAAAUGAAAUGGAUGAAGGAUCCUUUAUAUGAUUCUGUUAACAUCCUUCUCAAAUCCAAGGAGCUCAGACCACUCAUCUCCCUCAAGAACAUUAUUUCCAAAGAACCCACUGGCUGUAUCCCCAUCUCUGCCGUCUCCAAGCAGAACCGCAUUCUAGAAGUCUCUGGCAAGGUUGCAGGAUUUCUCAGGAGGUACCCAGCUGUUUUCGAGGAGUUCACCGGUCCAAAGUACAACCUCCCAUGGUUCAAGCUCACUCAAGAAGCUGCUGAUCUUCAUCACAGAGAGUGUAAAGUCUAUGCGGCCCAUCGGUCAGAGAUUGUCGACAGAUUGAGGAGAUUGAUCCUUAUGUCGAGGGAGAGGAGUCUGCCUUUGAGGACAGUCCAAGGUAUGUUAUGGUAUCUCGGAUUGCCCGAAGAUUAUCUUAAAAAUUCAGAAGAGAUUUCAAAAGGAUACUUUCAGAUCGUGGAUAUGGGAGAUGGAGAGCAGGGAUUGAGUGCAUCAAUUUGUUCAAAUGAGCAGGUGUUUUCUGUGCUACAAAGGAAUGCAAUGAAGUCAAAUGGGAUCCUUCACUCGCCACCAUCAGUCAUUGAGUUUCCUCUUUUCCCUUCUAAAGGUUUUCGCUUAAAGCGGAAGAUUGAGUUGUGGUUAGAAGAAUUUCAGAAGGUCGAGUAUGUAUCCCCAUAUGAAACUUUUUCAAGCCUGGAUCCGAAUAGUGAUAUUUCAGAGAAGCGGGUGGCUGGGGUUCUUCACGAAUUGCUCUCUCUCUUUGUAGAUAACUCUGCUGAAAGGCGGAGGCUGCUUUGCCUCAAGAAGCAUUUAGGUUUGCCGCAAAAGUUUCAUAUGGUGUUUGAACGCCAUCCCCAUAUUUUUUACCUCUUGCUGAAGAGCAAGACUUGUUUUGUUGUCCUUAAAGAAGCAUAUUGUGCUGGCUCAGAAACUGCUAUUGAGAGGCACCCUCUUCUGGGAGUGAGGGAAGGGUAUGUGAGGCUGAUGAUUGAGUCGGAGGCUAUUCUGAGAAGCCGAAGGAGUACGAAACCUUUGGAAGAAAUAUCAUAAGGAAAUUACGAUGCAAAUCCCGGUUCCAAGAGUAGAGAAAAUCCUGAUUCUGUGUAGAUGGGAAAUGGAAGAAGGCUGCCAUAACUAGUUCUGUAAAUUUCAAUGGUAGCUAGAAUGCCAAAACACCAUAGUGGUUGCACAACAUGCUGAGUUAAUAUUAAAAAAAAAAGAGCCCAUGCAAGUACUCCAUUGUUGUUAAUAUUAAAAAAAAAGCUACUGUUUUAUUGAAGCAUCAGUGCGAAGCUUCGGAUCAAAUUACAAGAUCUACGUCCCAGUAGAACUGAAGAACCCAAGAUACAGGAUGCAUCCAAUAAUCUCAUUAAAAAUUUUCUUGUCUCUUUUGCUUAUUCAUGAAAUAUGAGGAUCAAGAAUCAGCUAUUGUGCUGGAUACUGUGUGGCUUCAACAUUGAAAAUCAUCAUGCUGCCACAAUUCAUAUUCCAGUUUCAUCUGCAUCAGGAUUGCUAUUUAUUACCAAUGAUGGAGCUUUCAAGUUAAAUGUGCACAUCUCAAACCUAGUAGUUUGUAUCAGCUAGAGUUGUCACUGGAAAGCUAACUUUCUUUAGUAGCAUAUGUAUUUUUAGUAUAAGCAAGACCUUUUUUCGGCGUAGUCUGUAUUUGCUGAAUUUUGUUCAUUUUGAUGAAGGUAGCACCAUAGGUAACAAUGGAUAAGAAAAUUUAACUCAUCAAGGGCCUGUUUUGUGGGCUUUCAAAAUUUUGAAUUGUGUUUCUAAAAACAAUUAUUAUUUGGAUGAUAGUCUGUGUUCUGUGAUUGA